AUGUUUUGCAAAUUAUUAGCGGCUGCCUAUGUAGCAGUUACUUUAUUCUUCAACAAGCAAUACAAAAAAUGCAUAGUUACAAGUACCAAAGAAGAAUUUGAUACCAUUUUGAAUAUGGAAGUGUUCCAGGUUUCUCUGGACAAAACUUGCAGAAUAAAUUGCGUUGAUGAGCGCAAGAACAUUGCUUACGGUACUAAGCAACUUAUUGCAUUAAAAGCAACUGUUGUACACACAGACAUGACCAAACCCCCAAAUAAAAAUAUACGAGAAAUCACCUCCAUACCAGAUAAAGUUCACCUUUGCAUGAUAAGUGAAACCGAGCUUUCAGUGCGUUUAUUUUUUGCUCUAAAUUUCGAGCUCAUUGUCGUGCCUUUAGUUGGAGACUUUUGCACGAUCUUCCGGGGUUUAAGGGUUGUUUUAAGAUUGAAUUUCGAUUAA